AUGUCUGGAAAGGGCAGAGGUGGUGCUGAAGGUAGUGCUGAUCCCUACAUCGCAUGCCACAUAGACUCCGAGUUUCGCUACAACCUCUUCACUGUUUUCUACAGCAUCAUUUUCAUUCUGGGCUUUGUUGCCAACUGCUACGUGCUCUGGAUUUUUGGCCGUAUUUACCCCACCAAGAAACUCAACGAAAUCAAGAUAUUCAUGGUGAACCUGACAGUAGCUGACCUGCUCUUCUUGGUUACGAUGCCAAUGUGGAUCAUUUACUAUCACCACCGCGGAGACUGGAUCAUGCCCGAGUUCCUCUGUAAUGUGGCUGGCUGUUUAUUUUUCGUGAACACCUACUCUUCUGUCGCCUUUCUGAUGGUCAUCACAUACAACCGUUACCAAGCCGUGACGAAUCCCAUUAAAGCUGCUCAGUUUACCACGCAGAGAAGGGGUAUCUACUUAUCAGCAGCUAUCUGGAUCAUCAUAGUGGGCAGCUCUGUGUAUUACCUUUUUGACAAUAAUACCAAUCAGGAGGAGAUCAAUUCACAGAAUUUCACACGGUGCUUUGAGGGCUAUGACCCUUCUAGCAGUGUUUCCGCUGUUCUUGCCAUUCACGUCAUCAUCUGCGUUCUCUUCUAUAUCAUUUUCCUUUUCAUACUCGGCUGGAAUGUCGUCAUUAUCAGGACCUUGUUCUCCAAAUCAGUCAAGCAAAGGGCGCUCUGGAUGGUUUGCACAGUGCUGGCUGUGUUCAUCAUAAGCUUUGUGCCUCACCACAUCGUGCACCUGCCCUGGACCCUGACUGUUCUGGAGCAGUGGAAGACGGAAGACUGUCAGUUGCGCCAACAACUCAAUGAUGCUCACCAGGUGACUUUGUGCCUCCUGAGCAUGAACUGUGUGUUGGACCCAAUUAUCUACUGCUUCCUCACCAAGAAGUUCCAGAAGCAUCUUUCAGAAAACCUGAGAAGUAUGAAAGGGAGUCGCAAGUGCUCCAGGCACACCACAGACACGGUGAUCGAGGGCACCAUUCACCAGGAGGACGCCAUCAGGAUCUAG